AUGACCAGCCCCACCGAACCCAAGACCGGCCGUCCGCGCCGGCAAACAUUCACCCGCCCGGACCCCAUCGACGUCCUCGACAACACCCCCAUCGGCGGCGCCUACCACCACGGCGGACCCUACGACGCCACCCUCGCCGCCAACAACCUCAACUCCAACCACCCCGCGCGCCUACGUCAACGACUCCUCACCAAGCACGUGCCCCUCCAAGGCACCGCCACCGUGCCCCCGGGCCACGCCGACUUUGACGGCCAAAUCAUGGACUACGAGGAGGGCGCCGACUUGAUGAGGGAACCCGACGCCAAGGGCGGAGCCUACAAGCGCUGGGAAGGAGUCCCCUACCACCCCGACGACCUCAAAGGCAAAGGCGAACCCUCCUACACCUUUGAAGAAUCCGAAAAGUCCCGCCGCCGCCUCCGCAACUCCUCCGGCAACUCCCCCACCGCAGACUCGGGCUCGGCCUACGAGAUGACGCGCGGCCCCCACCUCGACUCCAAGGGCUUCGCCAAGAACUCCUCGGUCGAGGUCCGCAAGCGGAGCGUCAGCGACGUCCCCAAGUACACCCCCGUCGACCACGACGACGCUUCUUCCGGCGGCCAUCACCACCUCGGCCUACGACGGCGGUGGGGGAGCCUAAGGAGGAAGGCUGCCAGCUAA